AUGGCCACUCAGGAACAGUCCAAAAAGGGCAGUUUGGCUGGACGAUUUUUCAAGAAACUGACGAGGAAACAAGUCAGAAGCAGUCCGGGGACCUCAGGCGGUGAUACUCCGCGGACGACCUCAGAUGGCGACACAAGUGAUGGCACAUCGUUGGAAAACGAUGAGCCCCAACUUGCGACAGGGAUCAUGGCAGCGGAGAUUGCCUUGACAUCAUAUGACGGGAGUGGAGCUGGAGAUCUUCCACCGCGCCAGUCAGUUAAAAUUGAUGAGAAUCUUGAACUGCAAGAAAGUUCUACUAACUUGGGUCCCAGCCCCUCUGCAGAUAUGCAACCCAGAGAAGAGCUGAGGACCACAGCAGAGGAAGCACCUGGAGGGGAAGAGGAAGAGGUUGAGGAGAUUGAAGCUCUUCCUCAGCGUUCGUCUGUGAAUGAAGACAACAUUAUCGGUGCACUGGUGGCACAGUUCUCAGGACAAUUCGGUGAGAUUUUGAGGCAACUGCUACAGGAAGUACCGAAUUUGAGAAUCCAACGGGAUGAAAGUGACAGGGAGCCAGCACCUGAACCCUCAACUUUGGAGGCAUCAAUAUCUGCAGGGCUGGACCCUGCAGAUGAGGACGGCCAGACACCUCUUUUUGCAGCUGUCGUGAACUCCCAUCUGGAGAGCGUCCAAGUUCUGACAGAACUUGGCGCAGACGUCAAUCGAGGAAACAAGAAGACUGGCCAUCGUCCUCUUCAUCUUGCUUGCAGCCUUGGCAACUUGGACAUGGUCAGACAUCUUGUGGAGCACUGCAAUGCAGAUUUCUCUGCAACAGACGACAAAUCUUGGACUCCACUCAUGUUCGCUGCGCAAGGAGACAGCAAAAUCGAAGUGGUCAAGUACCUGAUUGAACAAGGCGCUGAUGUGAACGCCACGGGGAAGGGAGGUGUCACACUGCUGAUGAUCGGGAUCCGUUCAAACUCCAAGGAGCUGGUAGACGUGGUGAUGAAUGCAGGCGCCACCAUUGACGCCCGCGAUGAGGAUGGGUGGACUCCGCUGCACUUUGCCGCCAAAGAAGAUGUGCCCGUGUAUGCAUUGGCACUCAUCGAAGCUGGUGCUGAAGUUGAUGCAAGGGAUCAGCACCAGUUGACGCCUCUGCAUGUGGCCGCUGACAGUGGUGUUCAAUCUGUGAUGAAAGUACUGUUGGACCAUGGUGCCAAUAUUGAAGCCAAAAGUGAGACUGGUUUCACACCGAUGAUUGAAGUACUUGGCAGCUGCAAGACAGAAUUGGUCAAGCUGUUGCUGGACAGAGGCGCAAACAUAGACGUCAAGAAUGAAAAGAAUGGAGUAACAGCAUUGAUGGCAGCAGCGAUGAAGAAGAACCCCGAGGUGAUGGAGUGGUGCAUAGCCGCAGGAUGCGAUGUUGAGGCUGAAGAUAAGGAUGGACAACGAGCAAUUCAUUAUGCUGCCCGUCACGGAGCAAUGCAGUGUGUCGACAUUUUGCUGAAGGCUGGGGCAGAUAUCAAUGCAGUGGCCAAGGGUGAAAGUGUCUUGCUGUCUGCGACACGGAAUGGUCACUACGAUCUUACACGAAUGCUCAUGGAACGAGGAGCAGAAGUUACUGGCAGUUCGGAGGCGACUGUUGCAGAGCGCAGUCUGGACACAAAGGUUGGCCCCACGCUGACACUCAUGCACGUGUUGGCGCUUGGCACAAGUCCAAGUUCCGAGGUUGAUUUGGAACUGCUGAGAGAAGUGCACGCAAAAGGAGCAGAAGUCAGCGCACCAGAUGAGCAUGGAAACACUCCUCUCCAUCUUGCUGCCAUAGUGGGAAAAGAAGCAUCUGUGCGUGAACUUAUCCAGUGCGGGGCGAAUUUGGAUGCAAAGAAUAAGGACGGACGCACACCUUUGAACUGUGUCUGCAUUGAGGGCCACCUGGGCAUCAUCAAGGCUCUUGUGGAAGGUGGAGCCGACGUGCGAUGCCAAGCCAAUAAUGGCUCCUCUCCACUGUACAUCUGCGCAGAGAAGGGCCAUCUGGAAGCUGCUGAAUACCUCCUGGAACAUGGGGCGGACAUUGAGGAUUCAGACGCGGGUCAGCGCACUGCACUUUGGGUUGCUGCCAUAUUUUCACACCAAGAAAUGGUGAAACUACUUUUGUCAAGGGGAGCAAAUGCAUCUGCAGCAAGAGAGGACGGCAGGUCAGUCCUCUUUGCUGCGGUGGUGGAGGGUGGAGUAGAAAUUGUCAAGCUGCUUUUGGAGCAUGGUGCAGAUGUCAAUGAAACUGGCGAGCAAAACCUCACAGCUUUGAAUGCUGCAUGCAACAAGGACCAUACAGAAUGCGCAAGGGUACUCCUAUCGCAUGGGGCAGAUCCACUCAUCUUGUCAGAGGAUGGAGUGUCACCAUUGAUGGCUGCUGUGGCGCACGAGGAUAAGGACUUGGUGAAGCUGCUACUUGAUCACGGUGCUAAACCGGAUGUUGGGCAGAAGGGUGGCCGCACAUCCCUCUACGCAGCUGUGAUUGGUGCCAACAUGGACAUUAUUGAGCUCCUUCUGGAGGCUGGGGCGGAUAUUGAUGCUCAAGCUGAGGAUGGCACCACACCGCUGUACGUGGCUGCCAACAAUCAGCUGCCUGAUAUCGCCAAACUCCUGGUCUCGAGGGGUGCAAAAGUGGACACAGUUUCAGAGGAUGACUUGACACCUCUGCACGCAGCAAUACACCGAUCAUGCGUGGAGAUCGUGGAUCUUCUCAUUGGGGCAGGAGCGGAUGUAAACUUGAAAGCGAAGAAAACUGUGCCACCGACUUGCUUGGCUGCCAUGGCGAACGCACCUGGUGCUGCAGAUUCGCUAAUCAAAGCUGGGGCAGAUGUGAAUGCUGUUGAUGGCGAUGGGGACAGUGCCCUGUACCUUGCUGCAAUACAAGGCCACGAAGAAGUGGUGCGCCUCUUUCUGGCGGCAAAUGCGGACAUGCACACGUACAACCAGAAGGGCGCACUGGCAGUACACGUUGCCGCACAGAACGGCCACGACGGAGUUGUCCAGCAGCUCAUCGACGCUGGAUGCAACCUGCGCAAGAAGACAAAGGAUGGUCGUGUGGCGCUCCAUCUGGCCGCUCAGAACGGCCGCACGAACAUUGUCAAAAUGGUGGGCGAGGCAAUGAAAAGUGGACCACAGUCUGCCACACCAAGGGAUAAUUCGGAUGAAACGGGCGAGGCGGGACCAGCGGAGCCAGACAGUGGCUCAGGAGAUCUCCCAGCGCAGGCCUCUUCGGAUGGGACAAUUCCGAAACAUUUCCUGUGUCCCAUCACCUAUGGGAUCAUGUCUGACCCUGUUACAGCCGCUGACGGUCACACGUACGAGAGAGAGGCCAUCGUAAAAUGGAUCAGAGCCAGGGGAACGUCCCCCAUGACCAAGAAGCCGAUAUCCAGCGCAUCGCUGGUGCCGAACUACAAUCUCAAGAGUCAGAUCGAGGAGUUCUUGAGGAAGAUGGGCAAGGGUACAAGCGAGUGA